UGAAGACACAGUGUAUGAAAAGUCACUAAAUAUCUCCUUAUUUGCAUGGUUUUUUGGUAGCUGAACAGAUAAGAUGUGGCCAAUGUUGCUAGACAUGUCACGGGACGAGUGUAAACGUGUCCUAAGGCGUCUGGAGCUGGAAGCCUAUUCCUCUCUUAUAUCAGUGUUCAGGGCACAGGGUGAUCUCAACAAAGAAAAGAAAAGGAUACUUCAGGACCUGCAGCAAAAUCUAAGCAUAUCAACAGAGAGACAUCGAGCAGAAGUGCGAAGAGCAAUAAAUGAUGAAAAACUUUCUACAAUUGCUGACAGUAUGGCUGGCCCUAACACGGAGUCUGAGUGGUUAAUAGAAGGGCGUAGAUUGAUCCCUCUGAUGCCAAGACUUGUACCCCAGACAGCAUUCACAGUCACAGCCAAUCAUGCUGCUAACAUACAGGCAGAGAAAAAUGCCAGCAUGCCUAGUCCAUCACACACUGGGAACAAGGAGGUGAACACAGUGGCCAGCCCUACCACUCCUGUGGCUAGUGGCAUCAGUAAGGUGUCACGUCCUACCAGUCCCAGUUCCAAUGUGGUAGUCCUGCCAAGUGGCAUGUCCAUACACAUCAAAGGAGGAUUAAAUACAGAAGAGGACGAAGAACCAAUCAGUCGAAAGAGACGACGUAGUCAAUCUACAGAAACAAUUGUGUCUCCUUCAGCUUCCACUCAAACCCCUCGAGUUACGUAUACCACAACAGCUGCCAGUUCUAUUUCAGGGAUGUCACCCAUGAAAAUCACCAUUAGCAAAAGUCCUCAGGGACGCUCUCAAGUCUCUACCAACAUUACUCAGUCCCAAAAGGUCAUCUUGGUGUCCAGUUCUGGCCAGUCAUCCUCACCCAGCAUGCUUCAGAAGUCCAUCACAGUUCCCGUGGUUAAAACUGUCGGCUCACUAGCAGCCAGUCACAGCAAAGCUUCAAUCAUACUUCCAAACACAUCCGUCAACUCCUCCAAUGGAAACCUUGGCAACAUUGUUACUGUAGCAACACCAACCAUGUCUACAGCAACUUCCACAUGUACUACUCCUACAGUGGUGACAACUUCUACCAUGACGUUUCUAACACCAGCGGUCAGUGUUCCGAAACCGCGACUAAAGACAAGCAUGCCUAGACAACGAUUCACAACGUUUACACAAGCAGGUCAGCCUAAACCUGGUGUAGUGAUUCCCAUGGGUCCCCAGCCAGUCCAACCAAGUCCUCAGAAUAUUCAGAUAAAACCUGUAACAAAAGCAUCCUCCAUACAGAUACGGCAGGAGGGAGGUAUGAAGAUCAUCACCCAGAGUAUACCGGGGGGAGGCACCAGUAAAAUUCUGCCGAAGCCCACCCAGCUGUCAAACAGUAGUGGUACACCAGUUGUCGUCGUUAGUGCAGGCUCAUCUACUGCCACUUCUAGUGUUACUAUGGUAACAAGGCCUGUAACAUCCAUAGGCCAGUCUGGUACAAAAAUACUCAAUAUAACCCAGGGAGGAAAAGUGAUAUCGGGUGUGAAUCGCUCUGGCAAUGUGGUCACAGUUAGCCCAAAAACCUUACAUCUGACUGCAGUCAAGUCUCAGUCUGGAGGCUCAGGAAAACCAAAUGUGAUUGUUGUUCAAAAAACACAACCAAAGAAGUCUCAAGGUGGGCUGAGUAGUACUGCUAAAGGAACAACCAUCAUCUCCAGUCCAUUUGAAAAGGAACUGGUUAGCUUUUUACAAAAACAGGAUUCCACCAAGCACAUUGUGGUGACCACACCUGGCAGUCAGAGGACAGAGAGGAAGGUCAUAGUGACCACACCUGGUCAGCUUGAGGCAGUCACUCGCCAUAGAGCUAGAUCGGAAUCUGAAGGAAAGACUACAUCUUUGCUGGCAGAUCUUAUCCAUGCUGCAGGAAUUGUUCCAGACAGCUCUUCAGAGGCAACAGGUGAUGUCACAAUCAAUCUGGACGAGGCUGCAAUGGCUGCACUGUCUGUCAGCUCACAGGACAGCGACACAUCUACACAAAGCACAACAUCACAGUCCUUACCCAAUAAUGAGUGGUUUGAGUAUGAUGUCACAGACGACAGCAGUCAAAACUAUCAGACUUCAGGACUCGAGUCUGGAGUGGAAAUACAGAGUUCAGGAGCAGCACAAGCCAAACCCAAGGUGACUGUACAGAGAUCAGCAAGUGUUGACCUAAGUCAGUUGUCAGACCAGCUUUCUCAACAACAGUUUUAUUCUAUAGAACAAGCAAUGAAGAUUUUAAACCAGCCAAAUUCUGAGGGAACCGCUUCAACACUAGAUCCAGUCUCUCUCCUUAGAAUGGAAAGUUCAGAGAGCUCACAUUCUGACCCAGGCACAUCAGAAAGCCAGUCCUCCCUAACCACUGACAAUGCUGAGGUGGACACCACAACCAGUAUGCCCUCCUCCCAGAGCUCAAUUGAGGGCUCCCAGUCUGAGCUUGAGCACCUUGCUCCUGGCCUCAACUUCCAGGGAGAGCUAGAUCCUCAGACAGGCAUAUUUUACACUGUAGCUGCCACAUCAGGCACCGACACAGUCGUCGUAUCAACACCUAGUCUGGACCGCACACAACUUGACACGUCUACCACUGGAACAAAAACUUUCGAUCUGCUCAGUAGCUCACUGGCCCAGGCGCAGAUUGACCUUGACCCCUACCAGUUUAUAGAAGAGGAUGUUCUGGUGGAGAAACCUGAUAUUCAAUCUUCAGCAGACAUCCAGUCUGGUGAUCAAACAACAGACAUUGAGACCACAACCGCAGAGUCAUCCGAGGUCACAUUAGGGGAGGAGGAGACACCUGCUGGAUCAAUCAUCCGUAUCAAAUCAAGCAGCUUUAUUCCUAUACAAGAACUUAAUAAAAACCAACAGAAUGCCACCAUCAACAUUACCAGACAUCAGCCACUUGCCCAAGGAGUGUCAGAGAUGAUUCUGCCACAGGAUGGUGUGUUUGCUGAAGGAGUAGAAGUAAUUGGACAGGAGGGUACUUUAGAUGACUUGGAAUCCCAUCUAGGUGGAAGUCUGUCUGACAGCAUGUCCAGUGGAGUGUCUAGUGCUGUCACCGUGGAGACUGCCCAGAUGGUGGACCCUGCAGACGUACAAGCCGAAAUGUCUAGUCUGGACGACUUGGGUGUGGUUACGAGUCCUUCUAUGGCAACAGGAAACAGCUCAGACAGCCAAGAGGUGGCUGGACUUGACCUCAGCGCCUCAAUAAGAAUGAGCAAGCGAAAAAGAAAGGCACCGUCGGCUAUUGAUGAGAUACCAAGCCAAGGUUCUUGGAUUAGGUCAUGCAUAGGGUUGAUUCAAAGAGUGUCACGGUAUCGAGGACUAAACCGAGAGAAGGGGGAUCUAAAUGCUGCAUCAUGGUUUACUGAACCAGUUGACCGCACAGAAGUUCCUGACUAUUACACAAUCAUCAAGCACCCAAUGGACUUUGGAACAAUCAAGAAAAAACUGGAGGCUAACACUUACCUGGACCAGGAAGACUUCCACACAGACAUGUUACUGGUGAGGGAUAACUGUCGUACCUACAACCCUCCAGGGAGUACUGUCCGACGAGACUGUGAUGAAGUAUUCGCCUUUUACAUGUCAGAAUAUGAAAAACUCCUGGACAAAUGGCAGAAGGCUCAGGUAUCCUCGCCAUCCCCAAAGAAAUCUCGCCAGGACAAGAGUCCUGUGAGGCCAUGAGGAACUCUGUUUUACUUGAUGGAGAUCUCAAAGCUGUGCAGACAUCAUUAUCCAGUGGUGCUAUACAGGGGCCUCUGAUGGAGGAGAAGUGAUCUGCUCCAUUCCUGUGACAGAGCUCUCCCACAAGUCUCCUGUGAUAUCAGUGAUAAUGUUAUCACUUCCUUCAGUGCCAAAGCUUCGCAAAUAAAGUUAUAGGUAAAACACAUCAGAUCUUUGCCACGUCACUUCUAUCUUACACAAAGAGUACCAACUCGUAUUGGAUCUCGGUGGUGAAUGAUUGUAACUCUCCAACCCUACACAAGAAUUACUGUGUCAUAUUGGAUGUGUUGGAGUAGACUGACUGUGAUCAAUGCCAAUCAAGGAUCGGAGCAGGAUAUCUGCUGUAUGUUCCAUGUUGUGUUUUAGCAUCUACAGUUCACAAUGAACUCAGAAUCAUGCACAUCCAGGGGGCAGACAAUGAAAGCAGGCAACAAAUGUAAGCUUAAAGUGGUGAAAAACAUUCUUAAAAUAGUGAAAGCUGUGAGUGUGAGUGUGUUAGAUACUAAGGUUCUACAGAAGACCCUGAUGUGGUAACCACUACCAACAUCUGUAGUACAGUGUUCUGCUACAGAAGACCCUGAUGUGGUAACCACUACCAACAUCUGUAGUACAGUGUUCUGGACACUUCUGAUCAGAAUUGUAAGAUGAACAGCUGGUUUUCUAAUACUACAGCAUACUCUCUAUUCAGUGCCAUGAUGUAGAGCUAUUGAUUCCCAAUUAGAUUUGAGUGUUUUAGUCUCAAUUUGGCAAAAACUCAAUUUCUAAUUAAAAAGUGAAAUUAACCUUUGUUAAAAUAGUGAAGAUGGUCACAAUAACCAUGGAUGAUCUGGAAAGCAUCGUCUUUUAAAAUUGUAAAUAAAAAGGGUGUGUGCAAUAUUUAUUUUUUCCUUUGACAUUUUUAAGUCACUUUACCAACAGUGACUUAUAUUUACUGCCUUUUGUUUAGUGUCACCUGCAAACUUUUUAUAUGUGUAACUUUUCGUUGAAAUCUCUAUAAAUAGAUUUCUUUGAAGUGUGUUAAGAAUUAUGAAAGAUUAAACCAAACUGAAAUGUUGUGUAUAUUGGUUUUUUUUUUUUUUUUUUUGUUUUUGAACAAACACCACUUAAAUGAUUUAAAGCAAAAUGUUGGCCAGUUGUUUAUAAGUCUUCAUUGGAUGUUGUAGAAUGCAGAUAACUACAGUUCAUGGCUGAUUUUCAUUAAUUCUGGAAUCUGUUAUUUUGACAAUAUUUUUAUUUCGAUAUAUAAUUUGUCAUCUUAACCUGUUAAUAUUUGCAUAGAAAAUGAAAUUGUGUUACAGAUUUACAGACUCCGAUUAGGGCCAAGAUGACAUCAAGAAUGACAACAUAAAAACUUUUUAUAAUCUGAUAUAAGGAAUUUUAAAGUAAAUAUUUUGUAGAAGAUUUAUUAACCUUACCCCACAAUUUCUUUGCUGUUUUACAAUGGAAAGAAAGCAGUUUUCUCUAGCCCAAAAUGUGUUAUUUUCCCAAAAUGAAGCAAAAUCCAAAAAUAUUUUUCUCAUUCUUCAGCAAAAUCCUACUAUAUUCUCCCAAUUUAUGAAGCCGCAGGCUGCUGUAAAAUCAAGGGAGAAAAAUCAUUGUCAUCACAUCUAAUUAGCUCAAGGUUUGAUGAUCUGAAAUAAUCCAAGUCUUGUUUCUGUAUCAAAUUUUAUAAAGUAAAACCAAAUAGAUUAAGAUGUUGUUGUUAAACUAAAGUACAAUUAGUGUUUAGAUUAAAAGUCCAUUGGCAUCUCGUGGUAUUUGUCAUAUAUAGUUUAUAUAUUAGAUAGACUAGAUUAAGAACAUCUUUCACUUAAAUCUACAUAAAUAGAAUGAUUAGACAGAUUGUGUCUAUAAUUUAAAAUUUUCAAAGUGAAAAACUUCUGUAGCAAGACAAAUUUCAACCUGUGCUCUUUGCCAUGCCUUUAACUUGUGACAAAUAAACACAACAGAUUAUUGUCAAGAUGAAAGGUAAAGGUCAUAACCUCUCUAUGUCUUGGUCAAGGCCAUAAAGUAAAAGUUCAUUGCAGUUCAUCAUAGUACAUAUCACAUGAAAUUUGAAGUUGUGAUGGUGCUCCAGAUUUCAUAGGAGUAAGGUGUAGGUGAUAGAGGUGAAAUUUUACAGUUUAAUGAUAUUAAGGAAUUACAUGAGGCAUUAUUGUUCAGUUUUGGUAGGAGGUGCUCAUAUCAUAUCAGGAGUCGCAUUCUGUCUGACAGAUUUUCUGUCUCCAUUGCAAACAUUCUAAAGCAAUGAUCAUUGGUGAAUUUACAAAAAUCAAAUGGUGUGAUAUUUGUUUACUAGAAAUUUUGCAGUCAACAAUCAGUGUCAUUUUGAGUUGGUCUCCUUGUAGUAGCAGAUGGCUACCUCUCUGAACAACAUGUGGGAGGCCAAUUACAUGCCACCCAGAGAAAUUAGGGUUAAGUGUCAAAGACUUCAACCACAAUACUACAGGAGAGUCCACAUCUCGGCUUCCUCAGAAACACAAACUGACAUGAGUAGGGACCGUCAUAUCAUGAAAUGUGUACCAGCUAAUGUCAAGUAUUGAGUUUGUGUAUGACUGAGGUAUCUGGGUCAAAGGUCAAGAUUGUAAGGGUCAUAAGGGUUAAAGGUCACAGAUAUCAGGUUCUGUUGCACUGAAGUUCAUAAGUGAGGGAGGUGGGGAAAAUAAUGUUUGGGUUAAUAUUAAGUCGGAUAAUCUUCUGUUUUCACCACAUAGAAGAAUUGGUCUUAUAUUACAAGUAGAUGAUAAAGUUACUGUUGAUGGGUAUUGUAUGUUAAAUAAUGUAAAUAUUCUUUACUGGUAACAGUAUCAUCAUUUUUAAAGUCUUCAUUUAAAUUAUGAUUGUUCUGUUAAAGUCUCUGUUUAGGAUGUGAUACACAAUGUUAUUUUAAUGCCUGCUGUUACAUAUUUUUACUGUCGUUGGGUCAUAAUACACAACAAAUAACCAUUUAUAUUAUUGCUGUUCAUUAAGAAACAACACAAUUAUGUUAGGAAGAUUAACAUUUUCUGGCCUGGAGAUUUAUUUGCAAUAUUUCGCCUGUUGUCUGGGCCUCUUGUUGAAACAAAGAGAUACUGUUGACCUGAUACAUAUUAUGUUAGCUAUAAGGAAUGUACCAUAUAUCUAUAUGAUCAGUUAUGUUGUCAGUGUUAAACUGUUUGCCCUAUCAACCAUUCACUUGUUGAGAUAUUUAUGUAGUAUUUCUGUGUUCAUCAUCUGUUCAAAUUUCAUAUCAUCUUUCCUGUGUUAGUCAUGUUUUAAAAUAUUUCAUCUACAUUUGGAAUAAAAUGAAAUUAUGAUAAAA